AUGGACAACAUCAAUCAGCCAGACGAAGUGAUUGUUGCUGACCAUCAAGCCAUCUGUCCUACAACCGAUUCCACAUUAUUUUCAGCUGAAAUAUCAACAAAUCAUUCGAAUGAAACUUUACUAUUGCAAGAUUUGCACAAUCCUCUCGCAGAAACUAAUAUUGGGGAAACACACCCAAUUCAAGGAAAGACUGAAUCAGUUGUGAAAAAUGAAAUUGAAGCAUCAUGUAUCACUACUGAUGAGAAGGACAACAUAAUCAAGAUACAAUCGAAAUCUGAACGUGAAAAUGUAUCAUCUCCCGAUAGCAGCGAGAAAAAUCUGGUUGAUACUUGCACCACAGAAUCUACAGAAUUAUCGGAAGAAAAACAAAAUGUGACAGAUACGUUAGAAGAUCUGCAUAGUGGCACUAGUAAUACGAUGAUAAGCACACCAGCAGGCACCUCGGAAAGCGUUUCAUCACUAUUCAAAAAUGUAGUCCUUGUUCAAGCUUCUUCAAUAAUCAAUGAAGAAGCUGAUUCUAAUGGUAGCUCAGCGUCCCAUGAAAGUUCACAAAGCGACCCGGAAGGGGAUUAUGCAGUCCCGGUCAUAGCUAGUUCCGUUGAAGAUAUUGGGCGAGAAGAAGAACCGAUCGAAAAUCGUACUUUGCAUUUGCAAGAGUUCCUAAUAGACGAACGGAUCGAAGUAAAUAACUACGAGACAAUGGAGGGAAUAGAAGUUGGAAAGAUGGAAAAAAUCAUUGCCAUGGAUGCACUCGUGAUUGAUCCUGAUGAAGUGCAAGAUAAUAAUGAUAAUGAUGAAAUUUCUACUAGAAAAAGCUGCACUAGUGCUUCAGAGGAUGACUUAGAGGGUAACAUUGUUGCUGCAACCAAAUCACCUAACGGAGAAAAAGAUUUGCAAGACUCAAUGAAAUCGGAUGGCGAUCAAGCGCAUAUGCACAACGUGUCGGAAGCUUCAACUUCUACGCAACUUACAACACAAAAAAAGUUCGAAAAUUCAGAAAAAACUAACGAAAUUGAUACCAUAUCACUAUCAACUGAUGAGGACGUUUGUGACACUGGAAAAAAGGAGGCAACGUUACGAAUGAAUAAAAAACGAAAACUGGCGUCGGUUCGCAUAAUCAACGUAGAAAAGGAGUUGUUGAAUGUGAAGAAAAACAAAUCAAACGACGGUUCGACAUCAAAAAAUCCUAAAAAUCCACAUAGAUACCAAGAUUCAGCUGAAGACCCCUUCGGAUCUUGGUCCAGUUCGUCUAGCGAAAACAUUCCCAACGAUAUCUACUUUGGUGCCCCAGACCGCGUGUACACCGUCGGUACAAAACUACGCUGGCAUCGUCAAAAGCAAAACGGUACUAAACACUCCAGGGUGAGAGAUGGACAGUCGCAGUCAUCGGCCGAAUCUGACGACGAGGAACAUGUCCAAAAACGAGCAAAAAAAGUAGCAGAGAUUGCGAAAUUGCAAUUGCCGGCUUAUCAGCAGCAGCAACUGCAAACAAUGUUGCUUAAAAAGCAACGUAAACGAGACCGGUUCUAUGACCGAUCACAGGAUAUUCCUAAUGACAUAUACUUCGGCAACGUAAAAGUUCCUUUACACAUCCUACAUGCUACAAGCAGUAGCUCUUCCGACGAGGAAGCGUGGACUGGAAAUAAUGUAAAAUCCACAACCCGAACAAACAUUCAACACUAUAAUUCUACUCAUGGGAGGUCGAAACCGAGAACUUCCGGAUCUUACAGAAAUUCAUCAUCAUCAAAAUCACAGGAGUACAGCCACCAAACAAGCAAUCGAUCUAUUCAAUCAAUGAAAGAAUAUCUCAAAAUUGCUGGUUUCCGAAAAGUGAGGUAUCAGAAGCUUUGGCAAAAUUGUCACUCUACGCAGGAUCGUGCCGAUGCAAUAUUACGUUUUCUUCAAGCGAAUGGCCUUCAGGGCGAACCAACCAUCGACAAGUGUCGUGAAUUGCGUAAGCAGAUCCAGCUCGAACAAGAAGUGGAAGUUUUAGAUCGCAGUGUCAUCAUUGAUGGUGGAGAAGGACGUGUUACGAGACAAAGAACAAGAAAAGCACCAGAGUCAACUUCAGUACAUCACAGUGAUAAUUUCCCGGAAGCUAUAGGACUCGAAUUGAAAACGACCGAAAGACAAGAGCCGGCAGACAUACAUCACUCGACUGUCGGGGAAACGGAUAAACUAUUGGAUUCCGUGGACCAGGAAUCAAUUGAAGAUGAUUUAAAAGGACAAAGUGCAAUAACUCAUCCAUCACCAGAACGAGAUGUUAAUUUAAGUUCCACUCUGAAUGAAUGA